UAUCGAGAUGGUUGCAAGUUAUUUUCUUCAACAUCUCAAACCUCAUCAAUUGCUUCUUAAGCAAUGCAAUGCAAUAUAUCAGCAUUGCCUGGUACAAUGGUAUUAAUAGACAAGAAGUAUAAAACUUCGCGCACUAAUAUCUUCAGUCGCAGCUGGACCUUCAGCAUUCAAUUAACUUGAUUAUAGAUCAUGAUUGCUCCAAGCAGCACACAUUCCGACAACACUACCCCGCUAUCUAUUGCACCUGGAGCAAGAGUCUUCUCAUUUAUUCUUCUCACGUUCCACGCAUCCAAGGCGCAACAACGAUAUUCACAGCUUAUCCAUUCCAUGAAUGCUCAUCAACCGAACCCUACUCCCGCACCGGACUGGGCCUUCAAGCUUGGGAUGAUAGGUUGUGGAGCUGGGGUUUCAGAGCUUCAGAGAUUCGUCUUGCGUCUUGUAGUUCAGAUCUCUGUCGCCGGUUGA